UCAUUAGACAUGGCUAAAGGUUUCUAUAUCAGCAAGGCUGUUGGGAUAGCAGGUAUCGUGCUGGCUGCAGCAGCUGUGGCCACCAUUAUUGCAUUAUCCGUGGUAUAUGCUGAAGAGAAAUCCAAGAAUGUGGUAAGUCCCACUGAAGGUGGGGUGGAGACCAGACCCACCACUGUUGAGCCCAAGCCCACCACUGGCGAGCCCACCUCUCUACCGCCAUCAAAUGAGCCUUGGAACAAAUACAGGCUCCCAGACACUCUCAUUCCUGAAUACUACAACAUGACUCUGUGGCCUCACCUUAACGUCAACCAAGACGGCAUGUAUAUCUUCAAAGGCAGCUCCAGUGUGGUCUUUCAGUGUUUGAAGGAAACCGACUUGAUCCUCAUUCACGCUAAAAAGCUCAAUUUCACUGAAUUUGAUGGUCACCAGGCAAACCUGACAGGAGUUGAUGGCUCAAAGCCACCAACAAUAAAGAGCACCUGGCUGCAGGAGGAGACACAGUACCUUGUCAUCCUACUCAACGACAACCUUGCGCCUGGGAAGUACCAGCUGGACACAGAUUUCCAAGGGGAGCUUGCCGAUGAUCUUGGAGGCUUCUAUCGGAGUGAAUAUUAUGAAGAUGGUGUGAAGAAAGUUGUCGCCACAACUCAGAUGCAAGCCACAGAUGCGCGGAAAGCAUUUCCCUGUUUUGAUGAGCCUGCAAUGAAAGCCGUGUUCCACAUCACUCUUAUCCAUGAGCGUGGGACUGUGGCCCUGUCAAAUGGCAAGGAAAUUUCUACUGAAAACAUUACCAUGGGUGACCUUUCUCUUUCCCGGACCACAUUUGAACCAACCAAGACCAUGUCAACAUAUCUCCUGGCAUUCAUUGUCUGUGACUACUUAAGUAUCGAGGCUCAAGCGGAAAAUGUUUCGAUCCGCAUCUGGGCUCGUAAGAAGGCCAUUGAAGAAGGACAAGGUGAAUAUGCACUCAAUGUGACAGGACCAAUACUGAAGUUCUUUGAGGAUUAUUACAAUUCCUCCUACCCACUCUCCAAAUCAGACCAGAUCGCUUUGCCUGAUUUCAAUGCUGGUGCAAUGGAGAACUGGGGACUGAUCACCUACAGAGAGACAGCACUUCUCUAUGACUCUGCUGUAUCCUCCAACAGUAAUAAGGAGAGGAUAGUCACCGUCAUUGCCCAUGAGCUGGCUCACAUGUGGUUUGGCAACUUGGUGACACUGCGGUGGUGGAAUGACCUCUGGCUGAACGAAGGCUUUGCGUCCUAUGUGGAGUAUCUCGGCGCUGACUUUGCCGAGCCUGAAUGGAACAUCAAAGACUUGAUUGUAUUGAGUGAUAUGCAUCGGGUGUUUGCCGUGGACGCACUCGCCUCCUCCCAUCCUCUUUCUUCGAAGGAAGAUGAGAUCAACAGGCCCGCACAGAUCAGUGAAGUGUUUGACACCAUCUCCUACAGCAAGGGUGCCUCUGUACUCAGGAUGCUCUCUGAGUUCCUAUCUGAGCCAAUCUUUACCAGUGGACUCAGUACAUACUUGAAUCAUUUUGCCUACAAUAAUACAGUCUAUACACAACUCUGGGAUCAUCUCCAAUCAGCAGUAGUGCGCCAUGGCCUUGCUCUGCCACAUACUGUGCAUGACAUCAUGAACCGCUGGGUGCUUCAGAUGGGCUUCCCGGUGGUCACCAUUGACACCAGUACAGGAACAGUCUCCCAGAAACAUUUCUUAUUGGACCCUGAUUCUGUGGUUGACAGACCAUCUGACUUCAAUUAUGAAUGGUUUGUGCCUAUCAAAUGGAUGAAGAGUGGAACAGAACAACAAGAGAGCUGGUUGCUACAGAAAACGGAGGAAAAACCUGAAAUGAAAGUAAAUGGGAAUGAGUGGGUCCUGGCCAACCUCAACGUCACUGGCUACUACAGGGUGAACUAUGACCUCAGUAACUGGGAACGCCUCCUCACCUUGCUGGAUAGUACCCCUGGGGUAAUUCCAGUCAUAAACAGGGCUCAGCUUGUCGAAGAUGCUUUCAAUCUUGCAAGGGCAAAAAUUAUAGACACCACACUGGCUCUAAGAACAACAAAAUACCUGUCCAAGGAGAGGGAGUACAUGCCGUGGCAGACUGCUAUCAACAACCUGGAUUAUUUCUUCCUCAUGUUUGAUCGUACUGAAGUCUAUGGACCCAUGCAGACUUACCUGAGGAAUCAAGUUUGGCCUCUGUUUGAAUACUUCAGGGAAAUUACUGCAGAUUGGACAGUUGUUCCCAAAGGGCACACUGACCAGUAUAAUCAGGUCAAUGCCAUCAGAAUUGCCUGCAUCACAGGUGUGAAGGAAUGCCUGGACUUGACAACAGGCUGGUACAAACAAUGGAUGAAUAACUCAAACAGUAACCCGAUUCACCCGAACCUGCGAAGCACGGUUUACUGCAGUGCCAUUGCGGAAGGUGGAGUUGAAGAGUGGGAUUUUGGCUGGAAGAUGUUUGAAAGUGCCUCCAUCGCGGCCGAAGCCGAGAAGAUCCGGACCGCUUUGACUUGCACAAAACAGCCGUGGCUCCUUAACCGGUUUUUGGAAUAUACCCUGGACCCAAACAAAAUUCGUAAGCAAGAUGCUACUUCCACCAUCAUAAACAUUGCCAGCAAUGUGGUUGGACAGUCUCUGGCCUGGGACUUUGUGAGAGCAAGAUGGGAUCACUUAUUCAACCAGUAUGGUGGCGGAUCGUUUUCAUUUUCCAAUCUGAUCAACGGAGUGACGAAGAGGUUUUCAACAGAAUUUGAACUCAAACAGCUACAGCAGUUCAAGCAGGACAACGGUAACUUUGGCUCAGGAGAACUGGCUGUGGAACAGUCCAUCGAGAGAACAGCAGCCAAUAUCAAAUGGGUGGCUGAGAACAAAGAGAAGGUGCUGCAGUGGUUCUCCAGCCAGUCUACAUAAAUUCUCAGCAUGCCUAAGCACAGAAAAAUGCUGUAUACAGUAUAUUGAAAAUCUGGUUCCUCAAAUAAUAUCACUUUUACAAAGAACCACCGUGCACCCAUUAAAUGUGUUAUUUAUUGUACUGAUAUCCACAUUCCAUUUUCAACCGAGUUGUACUUUUCUAUUAAGGUCCGUUACCUUUUACUUGAUGACUGCAUGUCUAAACUGAAACUCUCAUUAUCAGAAUGUCACCUGCUCUAUUGGUUUAUGGGUAUUGUUUCUUUCCGUGCACAACAAUGUAUGUCACACCUUUGCAGUGUAUUUUGGAGACAUUUAUGAGGUCUGUUUUUGUUCAUUUGGUAAAAACAAAAUGCACAAGACAAAGAUUUUUAAAUAUGAAGACAAAAUUUCAGAUGAAUAAACUGUGAAUUUUUCAACACUUAGGUUUUGUCUCGCAGUUAUGUAUUUUUUUCUAAGAUCUUAAAUUUCUGUGAGAAGGUACAAGGCAGUAAAGAAGAGUGAUAUUUAGUGAAAAGCUAGAUUAAAAAACAAUACCAUACAAGAGCAUUUUAGAUGGUCUUUGAGGGACAUCCUGAUCUUAUAUAAAGAUUUGGAAAAUAGAGAAUUACAAAUGAUAGUGUAAUUUUUUUAAAGAAUUAGAUCUCUCUCUGUAAAAAAGUGGAUAUUUUGUAAAAAAAUGUUGCAUUCUAAAAACGUUGAAUAUAGCUGAAAUAAAGGAAUUACAGACUAA